AUGACGAGAGGCGCCAAGGCUUCCAGGUUAGCGAAGAGAAUCCACGGAUGGUCAUGGCAGGCUUUCCCCAUCGGCAUGGGCACAGGCGCGGUCUAUGUCACACUUUCAGGGCUGAAGGAUCAUUCGCCUGGAAUAACCACGCUGGAGACCAUUUUCUUCUUCAUCAAUAUCGCAUUGUUUCUACUCAACUCUACGACACUCGCUCUACAAGCCUGUUUAUAUCCUCGGCAGUCCCUCCGACUCAUUCAAGAUCCCGUGAAGGGGGUCUUUGUCCCUCUCAUCGUUCUCUCGUUCGCCACGAUCAUGAUCGGUACCAUCAACUACGCUGUUCCAUCCGGACAUGUUCAUCCAGACUUUAUCUACGAGCUCUUUUGGGUCUAUAUCGGUUUCGCCUUGAUUGUCUGCAUACCCAUGCUGAUGAUAUGGUUUAACAAACCGCAUGAUUUGAACACGUUCACUCCUGCUUGGGCCUUCUUGGUCUUCCCCAUGAUGCUCGUCGGAGUAAUUGCGUUCAACGUUCUGAAAGUAAUGGAUCCCGCCGACGACCGCGCCGUUGGAGUGCUCUUCGUCGGAUACUUCUUCCAAGGUCUUGGUUUCUUCGUCACGAUGUUCUAUAUCUGCAUCUAUAUGAUUCGGUGCACCGGCUUUCUCGAUGGACAUCAAGCCAAUGGCGCCUUCGUCGCCGCCGGUCCUCCUGGAUUUACAGCGUUAGCUCUCAUCAACCUUGGUGCUCGUGCGCAGGAGAUCUUGCCGGCUCAUGGACUUAUCUCACCGAAUGCUGGAGAGAUCUUUUACGCAUCGAGCGUUCUGUCGGCGUUGAUGCUGUAUGGAUUGGCCAUAUUCCUGUUCGUGGUCGGCGUACUUCCUUAUUGGUUCAAGCUGCAUAAGCAUCUCCAUGAGAUUCUCGGAUGCUGGGCCUUGACGUUCCCCAAUGUUGGCUGGAUCUCGACAACGCGCGCCCUCGGAGACACAUUGAACAUCCAAGGCUUCUACGCCAUCCACGCCGUCAUGACCACCAUCAUCUGUAUCGUCUGGCUCAUCCUCAUCAUCCUCACAGGCAUGGCGUUCUGGAAGGGCAAAAUCUUCUUGGCGAAGGAUGAGGAAGUGCUCAAAGAUGAGAUGGAAACUCUUCAGGUUUCGAGUGAGAAAGGAAAGGAUAUGGUCUGA